AUACAGUAGCAUAUACAUAUAGUCUAAUCACUGAUGAUUAUGGAUUCUUUAAUGUGCUUUUAGGAUGCACCAAAAUACUAACAUUACUAUGGAUAUAUAACUAUCAACAAGUCGAGGAUAAUGCAAAUAAUAAAUAAAAACAAAAAAAAAAUUUAAAAAUCGGGUCGGGUCGGGUACCCGUUGUGUCGGGUGCGGAAUACCCGACUCGGGUAUCGGGUAAUACCCGACAUAGUACGGGACGGGUAUCGGGACAACAAUUUUGGCUGAAAUCGGGUACGGGUACCCGACUCAUCGGGUGCGGGUACCCGCGGGUACCCGUUUCGACACCCCUACAGAAGGAAACAUCCCAAUCCAGGAGCAACCAGGUGAUGAGAUGCCUGACAACCGAUAAACAAGGGCCACACUGGAAGACCUAUCGAACAUGCAUAAUUCGGUUGGUGGAUCUGGGACAGCAUCUAGGACAUCCGGGGGUGGUGUGCCAAUCAAGACAUGGCCGUCUGAGAUAAGAGGUAAAGGUGAAGGUGGAGUCACCUUGGUGAGGAAAGAUGGAGAUGGAAACGGACCUAAAAUCAAAGGCAAGGCUGAGAAAGCAGCAAAAAAGAGUACAGGGUCAAGUAAGGUGGCACGCGCUGAGAUUCCAGCUGAUAAAACAAACAAGUCAAUGAAGGAGGUAGCUCCUAAGGGGGGGAAGGGAAAACAGGCUGCCCUUACAAAGAAAAUUGCUCUAGCUAGUGAGAAGGGUAUUGAGAUUGGUGUUGUGAAAACACCAAGCUAAUCUGAAGGUGUUGCUGGAAAGGGUGGGAGGGGAAAAGGCUUGGCCAUUCCAGAUGUGGAUUUUGAAGGGAAGGGCAAAGGCAAAGAGAUCGAGCAAGAUGUGGCUGGAGAUGUGGUGCCACCAACCAAUCUAAUGUCAACAAGUUUUGGAAAGAGAGGCCGCCUGGGUUCAACUUCGAGAAGUGGGUUGAAGAGUACGGGCUGGAUUGAUUGCAAGAGUAAUCAUUAGAAACGCUAUUGACGUUACCUUUAACACUGCUGUUUUUUUUGGAUAACUCAUUUUGAUGUGGU